ACAAUAUAUCACUUUUUCGCUGAACGAUGCGCGGUGGUAACAACUUCCGUUGUUGUUUAAGGGACAACACUUUCCUGGCACUGGACUCUCAGGCGUCAAACAGCAUUUUCCUCACAUUGGCCCCAAAUCUUCUUGGUAUAUUUCCAGACUUUCAACUGUUAACCCUAACCCUAUUCGAAAGCCGUCGGUCUCCUCCCAAUGCGUCCAUAUGAUGCAGAUGCUAUUGCGUCAGCCGUGCUGGCCGAGUUCCAAAAGCUCCCAGCAAAACGCAAGCCGUGUGUUCGUGAUAAUGGCAUUCACGAAUGGGUGCCUCUGAGCGGCAUUGUUGCCAAAGGUCCUAACUUCCUGAGAUGCCUGGCCCUAGCAACGGGAAUGAAAUGCCUCCCGGCCUCCAAGCUGCCGCAGGCCCGCGGCAUGGCCGUCCACGACUGGCACGCCGAGGUGCUUGCGCUGCGCGCCUUCAACCGCUUCGUUCUGCAAGAGUGCAGGCGGCUCCUUGCCGCCGACGAUGGCGAGCAGCCACGGCCGGCCUCCGACUUCCUCCGGCGAAGGGCCGACGCGGAGCUCGCUGCUGCUGCUGGUGGUGGUCCCGCCGGCAACGCCCGCGGGCAUCAACAGCGGCAGCAGCAAGACGAAGAUGGCGAAGAAGACCAGGAAGAACGCACGUGGCAGCGGCAGCCGUUCGCCUGGCGAGACGAUGUGAGCCUGCACAUGUACUGCUCGGAAGCGCCCUGUGGUGACGCCAGCAUGGAACUCGUCAUGGCGGCGCAGGACGAUGCGUCGCCAUGGGCGCUGCCUGGGGCCCGCGCCCCAUUAACAGCAACGGCAACAACAGAAACAGCAGCAAAAGCGCCGUCACCCCCUCUCGCCGCAGAGCCCGGGCAGCCGCGGGUGGCGCCGGGCGGGGAGCUGCUGGGGCGGGGCUACUUCUCGGAGCUCGGGGUGGUGCGGCGCAAGCCGGCGCGGGGCGACGCGCCGGCGAGCGUGUCCAAGUCGUGCUCAGACAAGCUGGCGCUCAAGCAGUGCACGUCGCUGUUGUCGGCGGUGGCGUCGGCGGUGGUCUCGCCGCGGGGCGUCUACCUGGCGACGCUGGUCCUGCCGGCGUCGCGCUUCUCGGCCGCGGCGUGCGCGCGGUGCUUCUCCGCCUCCUCGUUGUCGGAGUGGGAAUCGUCAGAGUUGUUGGACUGCCUCCCCCCCGGCCGUAUGCGGGCCCUGGCCGGACGGCGGUGGGGCGCCAGCGGCUACGCCUUUGCGCCCGUCGCCGUCACGACGACGCAGCUGGAGUUCGAGUUCUCCAAGACGGCUGUCGUCGGCGCCGGGGCCGGCAACGAGCAGGAGACGACUACGAGGAGGACUGGGGCGAGCAACCUCGCCGUGGUGUGGACGUGCGACGGACUGGUGGAGGAGGGGUUGAUUGGGGGCGUGCUGCAAGGACGCAAGACGUUUGACGAAAAAGGGGCGAGCGCCGUGUCGCGGCGGAAGAUGUGGGAACUAGCUGUCGAGGUGGCCGGCCUUCUUGGGAAUUGUCACGGGCACGGGCAUGGGGAUGGGGAUCAAUCUAGGGCUGGGGAUGAAGACACUGGUUCAGGCCAAACAAUAGCGAGUGUCCUAGCGGCCGGCACCUACGACGAGCUUAAAGACGGCUGCCCGCUGCUUGCUGCUCGACGACGGGUCAAGGAGGAAGCUCGUGCCAAGGCGCUGCAAGGGUGGCUUAGGAAUGAGGGUGACGGGGCAUUCGGCCUCGUGUGAUGUGCGCAACACCAGAGAAUACAGGAAAGGGAGCAUCUUACGAAGUGCUCACUUAUCGACAAGUUUGCAACCUGCUACUUAAAAGGCACAAUCCCCAUCAUGGAAC